AUGGAGGCUAAGUUGGGCAUUGUCUUACUUGUGUCUGUAGUUUGGUUGAUGAGGGGCAAUGCCAUUGACCCUUGUGCCUCUCAACCGGAUGAGUCGGACCUAAACGUCAUUCCCAUUUACAGCAAAUGCUCACCGUUCAAGCCACCCAAGGCAGACUCGUGGGACAACAGAAUUGUAACCAUGGCCUCAAAAGACCCACUCCGGGUCAAGUACUUGUCCACCUUGUUGCCCCAGAAGACCGUCUCCUCGGCCCCUAUCGCUUCGGGCCAGGCCUUCAACAUCGGUAACUACGUGGUCAGGGUUAAACUUGGAACCCCCGGUCAACUUUUGUUCAUGGUUUUGGACACCAGCACCGACGAGGCCUUCGUCCCAUGCUCAGGCUGCACGGGUUGUUCCGACACCACCUUCUCCCCCAAAGCCUCCACCAGCUACGGCCCAUUGGACUGCUCCGUCCCCCAGUGCGGUCAGGUCCGUGGCCUUUCCUGCCCCGCCACGGGAACCGGCGCAUGCUCCUUCAACCAAUCCUACGCCGGCUCCUCUUUCUCCGCCACGCUUGUCCAAGACUCCCUCAGGUUAGCCACUGAUGUUAUCCCCAACUACUCCUUCGGCUGCGUCAACGCCAUCUCCGGGGCCUCAGUGCCGGCCCAAGGGCUUUUGGGACUGGGCCGCGGCCCAUUGUCGCUUCUCUCCCAGUCCGGGACAAACUACUCCGGUGUAUUCUCUUACUGCCUCCCCAGCUUCAAAUCGUACUACUUCUCCGGGUCGCUCAAACUCGGGCCCGUGGGCCAGCCCAAGAGCAUCCGGACCACCCCGCUUCUGCGUAACCCCCACCGGCCUUCUCUCUACUACGUAAACUUCACCGGAAUCAGCGUGGGGCGCGUCCUCGUGCCUUUCCCCAGCGAGUAUCUCGAGUUUAACCCGAAUAACGGAUCCGGAACCAUAAUUGAUUCGGGCACGGUGAUAACCCGGUUCGUGGAGCCCGUGUACAACGCGGUGAGGGAGGAGUUCAGGAAGCAGGUGGGAGGCACGUUCUCGAGCAUUGGGGCAUUCGACACGUGUUUUGUGAAGACGUACGAAACACUGGCACCGCUAAUUACUCUUCACUUCGAGGGAUUGGACCUGAAGCUGCCAUUGGAGAACAGCUUGAUUCAUAGCAGUGCCGGGUCACUGGCUUGUCUUGCGAUGGCGGCGGCGCCGGAUAAUGUGAACUCGGUGUUGAACGUCAUUGCCAACUUCCAGCAACAGAAUCUUCGGAUUUUGUUUGAUACCGUGAAUAAUAAGGUUGGCAUAGCCCGUGAGGUUUGUAACUAG